AUGCCUUUACAAUGUGGACAAUUUUUUGAUCAAGGAAGGUGGGAAGUUAGACAAUACUGCUAUGAUUCAACAAUUCGAGGCUGUGAGGAACAUAUUCUGGAUUGUGAAGAAGAACAAGUCAUAUCAAUAGAUAUACCCAACUUUCAUGUCAGUUAUUAUAAGAAUAAAAACUACCCAGAAUGUCAAACAGAGAAAGAUGAGUGUAAAAAUAAACCAACUUGUUGUAGAUAUAUUAACAGUAGUGUAACUAUACGGGCAACCAGACUUACAGCAAACGAUGGGACUAAACUCAUAAACUUUAUAAAAACUGAAUGUUCUUUUAAAUCAAGCUGUAAGACCAGUUUUUACUCUAUUGGUAGUUUGAAUCUUUACGAUUAUAUAAAAUAUACUUAUGGUUGUGUUCUGGUAACAAGAGGUAAUGUGACUAUAGACUGUAAAACAAUUGAAUAUGGUAAUAAACAAGCAGAGAAAAAGACGAAAGAAUCUGAGACCAAUCUGGCUGGAAUAAUUGGUGGUACUGUCGGAGGUUUGGUCGUCCUGGUCGUUAUAGUUAUCAUUAUAGUUGUCCUCGUCAAUAGGAGGAGAAGACGUCGACCAAAAGAUAAAGUUAAUGAAAAUAAUUACUACUCUACUGUCGACGACGAUUCUAAAGGAAACUCAAACUAUACCUAUAUUGAUGUUGAUUUAGACAAAGUCGGCUACAGUAAAAUAAACAACCCCGGUGCUAACCAGGUAAAGGGCAGUCAUGCCAAGGACAAAAAUCCUAAAGAAGAGAAGAGGAAAAAUUCAAAGUUCAAAAGACAGGAUUUCUCGUUUGUUGAACGCAAUUUCGAGAAAAUGAAUGAAAGUAAAGAUGCCAGAAAACGAAAUGUUCCAAAUGCAACAGCGAAUCCCGAAAGAAAAGAGGAGUCUGAACCUGCAAACUAUACAUACAUUGAUGAUUCUAUUAUUAAGGCACCAGAUACACCAUCAGCAUCAGCUGCCAAAGACGGUGGGCAACGGAAUGCUGCAAUGGGGUCGUCGACUGCACAAUACACCAAAGUUGAUAUGAAAAAGGUCAAAUUUAUUCCAACUAACGAUAACAAUGUGAAUCUUGACAACUAUAACCAUAUUGGGUUAAAAGAUGCGCCACCAAAAAACAAAGAACAAGAUCCAGACGACAAUUAUAACCAUAUUAACAGUAAUUUCAAGAACGAGAACUCUUUACCAAAGGGAAGUAACUCAAACCCCAGCAGCAAUUACAACUAUACUGAAAUCGAUCGACCACAAGAAGACGUCAUUGACGAUACUUAUGACCAAGCCCAGCAAGGAGGUGAAAGAAUCUUGAAUCAGAGGAAAAAGAAAGAACUGAGGACUUCGGAUACUUACAAUCACAUUGGAAUUACGAACGACAACUCUCUGUUCAAGGGAGCUAAUUCAGAACCAGAUACUUACAACCACAUUGGAAUUAAGAACGGCAACUCUGUGUACGAAGAAGCUGAAGCAAUGAGAGAUACUUACAAUCACAUUAGUGUCAAGAACGAUAACUCUGUAUCCAAGGGAGCUCAAUCAGAACCAGAUACAUACAAUCACAUUGGAAUCAAUAACGAUAACUCUGUGUCAAAGGGAGCUAAGACUUUCAAACCAAUCCAACCGACUGAAAACUAA